AUGAAGGACCUCACAUUGAAAAUCCCCAAGUUGCCGACGCGAAAUGUCCUCACGGGCGCCGUGGUUAACUGGGACGAUGACGAGAUGGCCGGACUCGGAGACACGCCUGAAAACCUCACACUGGCCUGGAAAGAUCUGUCUGUGUAUAGGAAGAAGAAAACCCAGACUAGCAUUUGGAGGUCGGCGACGUAUGAAGAAGUCAAAGUACUCCAUGGAGUGAGCGGCGUCGUGUCUUCUGGCAACUUAGUGGCUUUGAUGGGAUCAAGUGGGGCUGGUAAAACCACGUUACUGGCAGCUAUAAGCCGUCGUGAUAAAAGCGCCACAACAGGAUACCUUAUGCUCAACGGGCGUCUGGCUGGAGCUGACCUGAUAGCCAGAAUAUCCGGCUUCGUCCCUCAAGAAGAUUUAUCUAUCGAAGAUUUAACAGUAGCUGAACAUAUGGAAUUUAUGGCACGGCUCAUGAUGGACAAGAGAUCUACAGCAACCACCAGGUCCCGUCGCGUCCAACAGUUGCUGGGGGAACUUGGCAUUUCUAAUUGCACAAGAACGAAGCUGAAAGCCUUGUCUGGUGGCGAACGGAAAAGAGUCGCUUUAGCCGUUCAGCUGCUAAACGACCCCCCCAUUCUGUUCUGCGAUGAACCCACCACUGGCUUAGACAGCUCAGCCGCAAAUGCCGUUGUGUCACGCCUCAGACGCUUGGCAAUAGGAGGGAAGCUCGUCGUUUGUUCCGUUCAUCAGCCAGCUUCUGGAGUCUUCGAGUUGUUCCACCAAGUAGUUCUGCUGGCGAACGGUCGUAUUGCGUUCCAUGGAACGAUAGAACAGGCUGAUCAGUUUUUUGCAUCGUUAAACUUCAAAUGUCCUGUGGGUUUCAACGCGGCCGAGUAUUAUGUCUCUCUCUUGGGCGUACAAAUAGAUAAAGAGGCAGAGAGCCAGGAGAGAAUAAGGCGUAUAUGCAAUGAAUACCAGCGUUCUGAUAUAGCCAUCUCAAUAGAGAACCGCGUUGGAGACGUAAAGGAUGAACUGGAGUAUUUUAAUGGCAAUGUGGACGAAAAGUUCGUGGGACUGAUCAUAUCCAUACCGUACAUGGGUCACUUCAAAGAGCUGGAUCAGAGGGACAUUCAGAACGCUGAAGGUCUCCUCUACCUCACAAUCACGGAGACGAUUUUCCUCUUCAUCUACGCGGUCUUCAUCACGUUUCCACACGAGGUUCCCAUAUUGUUGCGGGAAACCGCCAGUGGAUUAUAUUCGCCGCUACCUUACUAUUUGUCGAAGAUGAUAUUUUGGAUACCACGCGCAAUCAUAACGCCAAUAUGUUUCGUGACGUUGGUAUUCCUCAUCGCUGGUCUCCAGGGAGGCAUCCCCAACUGGAUUGGAUUCUGCUUCGUCUGCAUCCUUUGCGCUAACUAUGCGAACGCAUAUGGUUCGUUUCUGUCAGCCGUGUUCGACAGAAUGGAAACCGCAGCGCUCGUUUCUGUACCAUUCGAAUUGAUCGGUACCAUGUUUUCUGGGAUUUAUAUAAAUCUUGCUAGUGCCUCACCUUACUUCUACUGGCUGAAGUUCGUUUCUGGAUUCUAUUACGGGCUCGAGUCGAUAUCCAUCAUCCAAUGGGAUUCUAUAGAGACCAUCGACUGUGUUAGCAUCAAGGGCGUGCCCUGCAUCAAGACAGGUCCAGAUGUCCUGCGAAGGUAUGGCUACUCCGAAUCGCAUCUCUGGAGGAACUGCACAUGCUUAGUAACGAUGUACUGCAUUGCUCAUUUCAUCGCUUUCCUUAUGGUUGUCAAGAGGAGGUCGUUCCUCUCCGCAACGUUCGACAAAUUGGAGACAGCCGCUCUCUUUGCUGUUCCUUUCGACCUGAUCGGUAUCAUGUUCUCGGGGAUAUACCUCAACCUGAACAGCGUCAGCAAGUACCUAUCUUGGGUCCAUUACAUCUCAUCCUUUUACUACGGCACUGAAAGCGUCUCCAUUCUCCAAUGGGACUCCAUCACUGAGAUCAAGUGCGUCAAUAUACCAGGGAUACCGUGUAUUAAAACCGGUAGUGAAGUGUUAAAAAGAUUCGGUUACGCAGAAGACCACUUCUGGAGGAACUGCAUCGGCCUAGGAAUCAUGUACCUAGGCUUUCAUAUAAUUUCAUUUAUCAUGGUUGUUAAGAGAAGCCGUGGUACGCCCGUUUAUUGA